UCUGUACGCGAUACCAAUAUCACUCUUCCAUUCCAUUUUUAUCUGUUCCGCGUUCUACACAAUAAGACGAACAUGGCUCGGUGUAGAUUAUUCAGUAAAAAGAUUUAAGAUGACAUAAAUAAGUGAUAAUAUAUCAGCGUAUAAUAGUUUCAAAUCUGAAAGAUAAUACGCGAUAAGUAGCGCGGUUUGGUUGAGGUAAAAAUACAUUUAAUUGUUGAAAUGUGAUAUGAAGAAAUAACAAGCAUAUAGCAAAAUUAAUUAUGUCAAGCAAUGGGAAAGGAUCGCCGUUUUUAAAACAAUGUUUUGUAACAGCGACGAUUUGUUGCAAUAUAAUUGGGCAAGGUGCUGCUUUUGGUUAUUUAGCAGUUCUGCUUCCAACGCUUAAAUCUAAGGACACUGAAAUACCACUAACAAAGACUGAAGAAUCAUGGAUCGCUGGUAUGCUACCCCUAAGCAUGAUCCCGGGGUUCUUUUUAGCUACGCCAUUAAUGGACCGGUAUGGACGUAAGGCAACUCAUAUUAUUCUAAUUAUACCAGCAUUGGUUGGAUGGUUCACGCUUACCAUUGCUUCUAGUGUUGCUGAAGUUAUCAUCGCAAGAGUACUCCAAGGAGUCUCAGGGGGAAUGCUCAAUACUCUUCGAUCUGUCCUUAUUGGUGAAUACACUAGCCCCAAAAACCGUGGAGCAUUCUUAACCACGAUUUCAUUUUCACAAGCAUUCGGCAUAUUCUUCGUACAUUUAAUAGGGUCCUGCUUCAGCUGGCAAAUUACUGCUUUUAUAUCAGUCUUCCUUCCGUUUGUGAGUUUACUGAUGACCAUAUACGCACCAGAGUCUCCCAGUUGGCUCCUAGCGAGAGGACGUAUUGAUGAAUGCAAAGAGGUGUUUCGAUGGCUCAGAGGAAAUGAAGAAGAUGAAGAACUAGAAGACAUGAUUCAAGCAAGAUUGGCUUUUGAGAAAUACGAAGCAACCACAUAUCAUAAUAGAAAUAAAAUCGUCGAUAUAAUUCACACUAUAAAAAAGAAAGAGUUCUAUAAACCAAUAAUUAUAAUGGCCCAUUUGAAUAUUAUUUUACAAUUCUCCGGAGGAACGACUAUGGCAGCUUUUGCGCCUUCGAUAAUUGGUAAAUUGAUGCCACAAGGCGAUGUGGCAUUUUGGAUGGUUUUCUUGGAUACACAGCGGUUAAUAGGCAAUUUCUUGGCCGUUUACAUUAUGAACAAAGUGAAGCGACGAACGAUGAUGUUUUCUACUGCUGGAUUGUGUGUGAUAAGUCAUAUUGCUAUUGCCACUUACGUUCUCUGCGGGCUGAUGGGCUGGAAUUACAGCUCCGUGUGGUUACCAGCGCUUUUGAUCAAUAUACAGUAUUUUACUGUGGCAGUGGGCAUGGUACCCCUACCGAACAUAAUAGGUGGAGAAGUAUUUCCAUUAGAAUACAGAAGUAUAGGUGGAUCGAUAAGUUUAGCAACUGGUGGAAUUUUCACGUUUGUCGUACUCUUAACGUUUCUACAGCUCAUAGAUAAUUUGGGCUUGCAUGGCACUUACUAUCUGUACUCGGUAAUUUUGAUAGUAAACAUUACUGUAGUGUGGUUGUUGCUUCCUGAAACGAAAGGGAAGACAUUGCAACAAAUAGAAGACGAAUUUCGAGGUAAACCUCUAAGAUUGGACGAAAUUGAAGCACGACUGUCGUUGCAGUCCAACCCGAUAGAAAUCUAUAAAAGGAGAGUGUCAGAACAGAGAUUUAAUUCGACACUUACAUUAUAGUGAUGGCUUUCGAGCUACAAAUGACAUUUAUAAUUGUACGUUUUGUCUCUUGUUAUAUCAACUGUAUAUUCGAUUGUUAAAGAUCAGCCGUCUUGCUUGUACUCAUUAAGUAUAAAAUAGAGUUUAAUAUUCUUAAUUACCAUUUGUGAAAUAAAGAAUCGAGAGAUUCCUUGUUUCUUCUAUCAUUAUUAUCAUCUAUACUGGCUCUUAUAAUCACACCGUAGUCUGCGGCGAAAUUGUAGACGAGAAUAUAAAAAAGAGGAAUCACAAGAUUGUGCUCUCUGUUCGAUUAGUGACCAGUUAUUAAAUAUAAUUACGUCCUUUUGACCAUUUGUUCUACGUCUUUGGUUUUCCUUUCUCAUCCAAAGGCUUGAAGACUAUUUUAAGGCAAAUACUUCCACACUAC